AUGGGUUCAUACUCGUAUGCUGGUACAAAGUGGCUUUUAUUUGCUAGAGAAGAAGAUGAUGAAUUUGUCUUUACGGCAGUGAUAAUAGAUGAUAACAAUAGUAUUGCAGAGUACAAAGUAGAUACGAAUACACUAAAAGAACAUAGUGAGGAACUCGGUCUUGAGAUCAAAGUAGGCGCAUUGAAGAGUAUGGUACUGAAAGCAUUGGACGAGCGUCAAUGUGUCGAUUUGGACAUCGAAAUGGAAGGAGAAAACAAAGUGGUGAAAAAUGUUUUCCUGUCAUUGACAUACAAGUUUAGCCCUACAAUAUCUCGAAAAGGAAUGUUUCAUCUACCAAUUGUAGCAACUAAAGCUCCGGAAAGUAUCGUGACGUUGCUGGCGAGUAUUCAUGCUAUACCACCACAUCCAAAGUUGUCCAAACAGCAACAACGAGAGAAAAAGGCACAAGAAUCAUCUCUUGUUGCAAGAAGGAGCAGUACUGAUUCGAGCGCCGAGAUUGUUGCAAACAUCCACGCAAAUGACAAAGCUACGACGGGAUCGCAGAACUUCUUAACGACUGCUGGGAUGAACCCAAAGCUGCUUAAAAAACGACAUGUCCCCGCAGGAACACUGCGACGAAAAGGUCCUCGAGGUGCCAAGCUAGUCAAGAAGUAG